AUUUGGAGAAAAAAAAAAUUCAUGGGUGGAUUUUAUUUUCAACCCCAGUCCUAUGGUAUCUGUCUCUGUAGAACUCCUAUUUAACCUCAUGUCCAUCCCUCAAGGGUUUGACAGUCAGGUGGAUUUUCAGUAAAGGAAGCUUAAGUGUGGGGUUGGUGGCAUCCAGGAUUGGUGUUAUAAAUGUAUUCUUCAGAGAAGUUGUCAUCCUUUAUACUACUGAAGCCAUACUUUGCCUUAAUUGAGGUUAAACUUAAAGCAACUUAAAGCAAACUGCUAAUAAUAAUUAAAAAAAAAAAAAAGGUUGGGUCUUGGUAUUUUGUUGAGACAUGGUCCAGAAGAGUUUUGGGGCCAUUGGGCUGGGAAUACAGUGAGCAAUCAAUCCUGAAUGUUGUUUUUAUAUAUAUAAUUUUUUUUUUUUACUUUAUGGUGAGUCUCUUUUACGAUGCCUUGCACGGUUCUCUACACUGCUCAGACCCGGGUUGUUUAAAGGUACGUAAAAUUAGGGUGCGAAUGGAAAAGUGGACCGUGAUUGUUUUGUUAGCGCAUAUAGUAUUUAUAGCUAGCAAACAGUAACCGUGGAUAAUACCUAGUAAGUCAGCGACAUGAAGCUGAAACUUGGGAAUGCCAAUAGCGCAAACAAAUAACAAAAAAAAAACCGUCUCUGCUAAACGUUACAACUAAAUGGAUUUUCUGGAUAAGGUCGAAAUGAAACAACUAUUUUAAAAGCAACACCUACCCAAAACAGUAGCUAGCUAGUCGCCUGCAAGGCGAUGUGCAAAUCGCGCGGUAACACAAAUCUCGCGAGAUGCCGUUCGGCUCCGCACUUUUUGUCAGCAGUCGCUCGUUCCUCCAUUUCGCUGCGUCGAAAGUCUCCUCCCCGCAACCGCUAGACUCAGCGAUCCAAACCCAGUCUCUCUCGGACCGGUCUUUAACUUGCUCAAACGAACCGACCAGUACCUCGUUGGGUACCGAGAGGUAGUUUGGAAAACUCCAAUUACGGAUUGAGUGCGAUUUGAGACGGAUGGCGACUCCUUCAACGAGAAUUUAGUAAAAGAAAAGUGCUCGGAAAUUUCAGAUGCAGUGUUGUCUUUGAUCUCAGCAUCCUGGAAGUGGAAAGUACAGAAGAGACUGGGCUUACACCACAGACAGGUGCGGUGUUUAGCAGAAGCAGUCCAGAAGGAGGAAGGCUUAGGGAGGAGGUGGUGCAGCAGCGCACCCCUCCGGCUGUGGCUGUGCUGGGUGGCAUUUCUGCGGCUGCACAGAAUGUUGCCGCGCCACCCCAGCAUGUCCUGCAGCCGGUCCAAGCUGCCUCACUACCAUCACCACUGCUUGACCCUGCCUCUGAGAUGGAGCAGCCGAAAGCAGACGUGCAUGCUGCAGAUCAAGAGCAGACCACCACAGUGGCUCAGCAAAACAGCAACACCGAGGAGCCUGAGAAGUCAUCAAGCUUGGACUUCAGUACUGAAGCUGUCCAAAGACAACCCAUUCCCCUGGCUGCAGAAAACUGUCAAAAUCUCUCAGAUAGACUUUCAGCUUGUGACGCAGGCAAUGUUAGAAAAGAACAAGAGUUGCAUUAUGGGUGUAACUUGGAGAAAACAAGCUUUGAACACAGUGAGACAGAAAUGGCAGACGGAACUGUCAAGAUGGAAAAGGGGCCACUGGUUCCAGAGAAAGCAUAUCUGGAAUGCCAAUCAAAGACUGGUAAUAAGGACGAACAUGGAACAAAGCACACAACCAGACAGAGUACCGAUAUCUCAACCAUUGAGCCCAGCUCAGCAGUGUCCACUGCAUGUAAAGCAACAGACAGAGACCAUAAGCAACCUGGAGACAGAGAGCAGUUCCAAACUGUACCGUCUCUGCCGUCAGGUCAGAGCGGUUUACUGCUCGAGUCUGAUGUCCAGCAACUUGCGCAACAGCCUCAUACAGCAACAGUCACAGCCAAUGCAGAAAUACUUGAGUCGAGUAAUGCCAGUAUUUCCAUGGAUGAAUUUACGAAACAGAGGCUUACAGCAAAUGAAGAUGGGACUGUUAAUUCACCUGCAUCUGAAAAAGAGCAGCAAUCCUCAGACACUGGAGGUUUCUCUGCAAAGCAAGGAGAACCUGUGUCUAGACUACCUGGUCUCACAGGAAAUGGAAAUGGCACCCCAAAUAACACAGAUGAUGAUGGAUGCUUUUCUAAAAGUCUCCAGCACUCGUCUGUUGUUGCAGUUUCCACCUCUAAUGCUGCCUUCCUUCAGAAAUCAUCCAGUCCUUCAAACCAUGCUCAGAACGCACAUAUUACACAAGCGAACCAGCUGAGCCCUGACUCUGUGAAUUGCAGUGAAAACCCUAAAUCUGUUUUAACAGGGAACAAGACUAGUACAAGUGGAGGGCAAGAGAUUAGGACUGUUUCUUUAGAUGGAACAGGAGUAUGUUAUGAUAUUUCUGUUAAAGAACCAAAGGUGUUGGGGGAUGAUACAUGCACUCACAAUAUACAGGCUCUCAAAGUGACUGAAGGGUCCCAUGUUGUGGCAUGCUGUGCGUCACAUGGGAUUACUAAACAGAACGACUGUGCCAAAAGUAUGCAGAUGAGUCCAUAUCAAGAUCACCAGCCAGAUGGAAGCUAUAUAUUCUUAAACAAAAGCAAAACGACUAAUUCAGGGGGACUAGACUCAAAUGAGCCGUGUCUCUCUCAGGUUAAACAUGACUGUUUGAUCCAACAAGGGCAAGAAUCCAUUCUAGUAGAUCAUAAGCUCACACAGAUGGAAUGCCUAAAUGAUGGAAUCUCAACAUCUGAUAAUAUAAAUGUGGAUGAAAAGCAGGAUGAGGGUUCAGAGGAUUUCUCUGGAAUAAAUGCUGUUGAAAUGAAAGAGUUAAUUGAUGUAGGUAUUCUAGUGCAGCCAGGGAUGGAGGAAACAUGGUUAGUUGUAAGCGAUCACUCUUCACUGAUAGAUGGGCAGUGUCAAAGCACAGAGAAUGCUGAGAUGAUUGACGUUAGCACAGAAGCUAUGGGACAUUGCCCUGAAUCACAGACAUCUGUUGCUGUCUAUGAAUGCACAGUACCCUGCUUCCCCCCAGAUGCUAUUCAUGAAGCUGCUAAGAUGCUUUUACCAGAAAAAGGUGUAGAAAUACCUGCAGAUAAACACACUCUUGAGCCUUUAACAGAAGCAUUGACAGAAGACCUUCCAUCAACCAUUUUAGAUUCGCAGAAUGUUUUUUCUUCCCCAACUUCUGUUACCUCUUCAGAAAAUGUUUGCAUGCAAAAUAUGGUUUCAAAACCCAUUUUUUGCUCAAGUUCUGAGAGUGCAAUUGAUGUGUUGGAUUCUGCCUUAAUCAGUAGCCCUUCUGCUGUCCACGAACAAGUGAAAUCCACAGAAAUUAACUCGGAUGCGUCCCAAAUUUCUAUUUCAUCAAGUAUUAUUGACCCAAAGUUGCUUAUACUAAAAAAAGGUGAGGCUCUCCUCAAACAACCCUCAGUGUUGGCUCUAGUUUCUAGGAACCAGAGCCCACAUGGUACCUGUAGUGAUUACCUAGAUAGAGUCUCUGUAGAGUGCCUUUCAGAAUAUGACUUAACUACAGACGUUGCAGCUGAAAAAGCGGUUCCAGCACAUCUCAGCUUUCAUGUACUUAAUGCUCCCUGUAAUGUUGCUGGUCCAACUUCAAAAGAUGAGUCUGAAAAACAGGCCUUAAUUCAAUCAGAACAUUGCCUAGCAUUUGAAAAACUGAUUCCUCAAGAUGAGCCUCUCUUAAACUCUGCUUCAUCUACCCAAAAUCAGACACACAACUCACCCAAACUGCCUUCUAGUUCAGGCAGUGUGUGUAGUACGAUCACUGAUCAGUCUGAAGGGCCUAUUAACCAGCCAUGCCAAGAUUCUAUGCUGUUGGAGGUGGAGGAGCAACCCUCGCCAGUUCAACAUUUGGCAGAAAUAAAGGACGCACAGGACAACACUAUGGAGCAGCUUGAUGCCUCUAUAGGAGAGAGCAGUGAGGGCGAAGCAGACGGUUCAUCAGAAGCCCAGACCAAUGAAAGCACUGUUAUUCCUAAUCCAGCACAAGAUAAGCAUGGACAGAGCAGGACAGACACAAAGGCCUUUUUAUUAAAGGUUCGACAGUGGAUAGCUGGCAGAGGUACAUCAAGCUCCACACCGUCUACCUCUCGUACACCAUCACCACCUCCUGCUUCCUCAUCUGUAGACUGCAAAACUGCUCAGCCUUCUUCCCAGAUCUCUGGUGGAGUCUCUCAGUCAGAUCAAACACUCAGCCAGCGGCCUCGCUCUGAUAAACAUACUGAUAUGGCCGAACUGGCCAAACAUGAAGCAGAAAUUGAGCAUCGGACACUUUCCCUGAAACGUGAGGGCUUCUGGUCCCUGAAACGUUUAUCUCGUGUGCCCGAGCCACUCCGGACCAAGGUGCACUGGGAUUACCUUUGUGAGGAGAUGCAGUGGCUUUCUGCUGACUUUGCACAGGAGAGGCGUUGGAAAAGAGGCGUAGCCAGAAAAGUGGUACGGAUGGUGAUGCGACACCACGAAGAGCUACGUCAGAAAGAAGAGAGAGCAAAGCGUGAAGAGCAUGCCAAACUAAGAAGGAUUGCUGCUUCUAUUGCAAAGGAAGUCCGUUCUUUUUGGAGCAGUGUUGAGAAGGUAGUGCAGUACAAACAACAAUCUCGGCUUGAAGAAAAACGUAAGAAGGCCCUGGAUCUGCAGCUGGACUUCAUUGUUGGUCAGACCGAACGCUACUCUGACCUGCUUAGUCAGUCUUUGCAAGCUACACCUGCAGCCCCUACCAGUGUUCCUUCCCAACGCGGUCACCUAAACACAACUGAGGAGGAUGAUAUUGACUUUGAGCCUCCAUGUGAGGAGGAAGAUGAUGAAGAGACAAUUGAGGUAGAGGAGCAGCAGGAAGGAAAUGAUGCAGAGUCUCAGAGAAAGGAGAUUGAGUUAUUGAAGCAGGAGAGCACAUUGCCACUGGACCAGCUGCUUAGUACCCUCGCUGUCCCAGAGGGCCCUAUAUCUGAAGAGGAAGCAUCAGAUGAAUCUUCUUCUACAGUUGAAGAUGAGGACAAAGAGUUUUCAGCCAAUGAGGAAGAUGCGGAAGAUGUGGAGGACACCAUAGAAGCCCAAGAGGUGAUUGAGGGAGAUGGAGACCAUGUGGAAGAACUUGAUGACUUGGCUAAAGAGGGUGAGAUGAGUCUUGAUGAACUGCUAGAGAAGUACAAAGGGGCUUAUGCCUCUGAUUUUGAAGAACCUUCAGCAUCACCAGUGUUCUCCGAGGGAUCAGAAGGAACUGAAGAUGAAGAUGAGGAAGAGACAGAGGGAGAUGAAAGUGAUGAUGCCUCUUUAGACUCGGCAGAAAACAGUGAUGAAGAGGAUGAUGCUGAAGCUAAGGAAAGUGAUGAGGAGAAUGAAGAUGAUGCAGGAGAGGGGAUGGAGGUUUUACUGAGAGAGGGAGAUCACAGCCCCUCUGUCCCCACGUCUCCACGCCCCAAAAAGGAGAUCAGUCAUAUAGCUGCUACUGCUGAAAGCCUUCAGCCUAAAGGAUAUACACUGGCCACAACAAGUGUGAAAACACCUAUUCCAUUCUUACUACAUGGCAACCUACGUGAGUACCAGCACAUUGGACUAGACUGGUUGGUCACCAUGUAUGAAAAGAAGCUUAAUGGUAUCCUGGCAGAUGAGAUGGGACUUGGUAAAACUAUUCAGACUAUUGCCCUGUUGGCACAUCUGGCUUGUGAGAAAGGUAACUGGGGCCCUCACCUAAUUAUUGUGCCCACCAGUGUAAUGCUGAACUGGGAGAUGGAGCUAAAACGUUGGUGCCCUGGCUUUAAAAUUCUCACUUACUAUGGCAGCCAAAAAGAGCGCAAACUUAAGAGACAGGGUUGGACCAAACCCAAUGCGUUCCAUGUGUGCAUCACUUCAUAUAAGCUGGUUUUGCAAGACCAUCAAGCAUUCAGACGCAAAUCCUGGAAAUACCUCAUUCUGGAUGAGGCACAAAACAUCAAAAACUUCAAGUCUCAACGUUGGCAAAGUCUACUAAACUUCAACAGUCACCGGCGGCUACUGCUUACUGGUACUCCGCUGCAGAACAGUCUGAUGGAGCUGUGGUCGCUCAUGCACUUUCUAAUGCCGCAUGUCUUCCAGUCCCACCGUGAAUUCAAGGAGUGGUUCUCCAACCCUCUGACUGGGAUGAUUGAAGGCAGCCAAGAAUAUAACGAGGGUCUUGUAAAACGGCUGCACAAGGUUCUAAGGCCCUUCUUGCUUCGGCGUAUAAAGGCAGAUGUGGAGAAGCAAAUGCCCAAAAAAUAUGAGCAUGUUGUGCGCUGUCGCCUCUCCAAAAGACAACGCUUUCUCUAUGAUGACUUCAUGGCACAGGCCUCAACGAGGGAAACUCUAGCCAGUGGACAUUUCAUGUCUGUAAUCAACAUCUUGAUGCAACUGCGUAAAGUGUGCAAUCACCCAAACCUUUUUGACCCACGGCCAAUCCAGUCUCCAUUUAUCACAGAGAAUAUAACUUACUCCACUGCCUCCCUGGUUCUAAAGGCCUUGGAAAAAUCUCCUUUCGAGCGCUGUGACCUCUCCAUGUUUGAUCUGGUCAGCCUGGAAGGCCGUGUCUCUCGGUACCAGGCAGAUGUUUACCUUCCUCAAAGGAAAGUAACCCGCCAGCUGAUCCAGGAGAUUAUGGAGUCCCCUGAGCCUCCACCCAGACCUAAACCUAUUCGCAUGAAGGUCAACAGGAUGCUUCAGCCACUUCCCAAAUCUGAUGGACGUUCAGCAACAACAUUAAAUAACCCACGGCCCACUUGUCCGGUCUCUCCUGCAGUUCAGCCUCUACGGCCACCUCAAAUAACUGAGGUCACUCAUACUCAGGCUCUUGUACAGCCGACACCUCAAGUGUCUACAGUCACUGCUGUUGCUGCUCCACCAGCUCCUGUGAGCCAAAGUUUUAUCCCCACUGGGUCUGCAAACUCGGUUAUGAGUAUUCGACAUGCAACACCUUCCACUGCCCCAACUGUGUCGGUUACCCCACAACCCACUAGUAAUGUUAUGACACAGAGGGUGCUUCUCAGCCCUGACAUGCAGGCCAGAUUACCAUCUGGAGAGGUUGUGAGUAUUGCCCAGCUGGCCUCCUUGGCUGGUCGUCCAGUGUCGUCCAGUCAGGGCAGUAAGCCUGUCACAUUUCAGCUGCAGGGUAACAAACUUACCCUAUCUGGUGCUCCGCUCCAAGUUCCUGUUGCCCAGCCACGAUCUAUACAAGGAAAUGUAAUGCAUCUGGUAUCCAGCGGUGGGCAGCACCACCUUAUUAGUCAGCCAGCUCAGGUUGCAGUUCUCCAUACACUUAGUCAGUCAGGUAGUAUCUCAGCAAAUUCCAACCCAACCAGCACAAUCCCAACCUGCUCUGGACUAGCAGUACCUCUAACUGCUGCUCAAGUUCCAUCAACCAGGGUAAGUGGACCAGGAAUUGUUAAGAUUGUCGUUCGCCAAGCAGCAGGCAAAGAAGUUGGGCAGGUCCCCACUUUGGCUGUGCCCCCAUCUCCUCGCGUUGCCGCUCCUCAGUCAGUUUUGUUGCACCCACAUGGGACCCCAAGUGCUGCUUUCAGACCACCCAUUGCUCAACAGCCUUCCCAGCGACUUCCUGUUCACCUCGUUCCUCCUCAAGUUCCUACCACCAGUCCCUGCCAACCUCAACCUUCAUGUUCUGUGGUGAAGGUUGUGGAGGGAACAUCCCCAGGCACAGGGUUAGCUAAGGCAAAUGCUUCAUUAGGGGGUGAAGAGAGCAGCAGUGAUGUUCUUGCUCAUAAACCUAUGUCCUCAUCUCAAAGCCAUGCAUUUGGACUUCAGCGUCCCAGAAUCCAACCUCCACCUCCACCACGAACCCCAUUUUACAUGUCAUGGCUUGCAGAUCGUCAUAAGGCCCAAAGAGAUGACCAGAUCUCGCAAAUCUUUCGAAACAAUGAAUUGCUCUGCAAUGCAAAACCUGUGUUUGGUCAAGAGGUUUUGGAUUUUCUCACCUUCCUCUCAGGCUCUAGUCCCAAUCCGACUCGACCCACCCUUAACAGGUGGAGCCAUUCGGGGUAUAGUUCUUGUCUCAUUGCUCAAUCCCAGCAUAAUAGAGACUACCUGGACCAGAGUAAAGCUCUGCGAGAAGCUAUUCAUUCCUCUCAAGAAAGACUAUGUCUGAUAUCUGAAGUCAUAGACAGGUUCACGUUUGUCAUCCCUCCAGUGGAGGCCAGGCCUAUUACCAUGCAUUGCUGCCAUCCACCCCCUUCCCUCAGUUACCAGCAAGCUCUUUUUUCCUCUUCAAUAUCUGCUCAUUUUUCUCCCCUUAUGCAUAUGUUGCACCGCAUACACUGUAAUAUGCGGACACACUUCCCUGAUUUGCGACUUAUCCAGUAUGACUGUGGCAAGUUGCAGACUCUCCAUAUUCUGCUGCGGAAACUGAAGUCUGAGGGUCAUAGAGUGCUAAUAUUUACUCAAAUGACCCGUAUGCUGGAUGUCCUGGAGCAGUUUCUCAACUACCAUGGACACAUUUACUUACGGUUAGAUGGCAGCACGCGGGUAGAGCAGAGGCAGGCCUUGAUGGAACGUUUCAAUGCAGACCGUCGAAUUUUCUGUUUCAUCUUGUCAACCCGGAGUGGUGGUGUGGGAGUAAAUUUAACUGGGGCUGACACAGUGGUGUUCUAUGACAGUGACUGGAACCCCACUAUGGAUGCUCAGGCUCAGGACCGCUGUCAUCGCAUUGGACAAACAAGGGAUGUUCACAUCUAUAGACUGAUCAGUGAACGGACUGUGGAGGAAAACAUUUUGAAAAAAGCCAACCAGAAGAGAAUGUUGGGAGAUAUGGCAAUUGAAGGGGGUAACUUCACAACUGCGUUUUUCAAAGAGCAAACUAUUCGAGAAUUGUUUGAUGUGUAUGAGGGAGAAAAGAAGGAAGCUGAAACAAGUGUACCUCCCUCAGAUGAUGAGGAAGGCAUAAACAAACAACAAACUACUAUUCUGGAGCAGGCUUUGUGUCGUGCUGAGGAUGAAGAGGACAUCGUGGCAGCCUCCCAAGCCAAAGCAGAGCAGGUAGCCGAGUUAGCAGAAUUUAAUGAAAAUAUUCCUCUAGAUGAUGGUGAAAGCAGAGACCAGGAGGAGGAGGAACUUUCCAAAGCUGAGCAGGAAAUUGCUGCACUGGUUGAACAGCUGACGCCCAUAGAGCGAUAUGCCAUGAAUUUUCUGGAGGCAUCUCUUGAGGAUAUUUGCAAAGAAGAACUGAAACAGGCUGAGGAGCAGGUUGAAGCUGCAAGAAAGGGAUUAGAUCAGGCAAAAGAAGAGGGUCUAAAAUUACAUCAAUCUUCUGAUAAUGAUGAUGAUGACUCCAUGCCUCACACUCCUGAAGAACACCCUCCAGCUCGCCGUACACGCAGACAAAGAGAGAAAGGUGCUCCCUCUACGAGGGUUAGUGGCAGGCUUAGAGGAACACCGGCUAAAAUGGAUGAUGAUGGAUCUACAACACAUCCAUCCCCAGACAGAGAAAGAGGGAGGAGAGGGGAGACAAGUGUAAACCGUGCUGCUGGGCCUAGUUCCAGUCUGAAAUCCUCCCAGCUAAAAGAAGUGCCUGAAAAACUUCGUAGUGGUGUGCGAGGUAGAUCAGGAAAUGAAGACGUGGCUUCCUCAACAUCCACUGUUGGAGGACCCCUGAAACUCCAAAUUGAUCAACAGCUCUCUGAUUCGGAAAGAUCCAAAAUGCUAUCACAAUAUCAUAAAUCCCUGUGUCCAGUGCCUUCAGAUGCCACUUCUUCAUCGGUGGACCAAAAUGCCAGUGGACAUACUUCAACACUAACAAUACUAUUCAGAGAUACAGGCGAUGAGCAUGGACCAGAGACAGACACAAACACCCCUCAACAGAUAAUGAAGGAAAGGAGGGCAUCUGUAUCUUCAGAAUCUGUUUGCUCUCCAGAACAUCAGUCAGAGCAGGAUGGCCAGCAUUCACUCUUUCCUUCGCUAACAUCUCCACAUUCUCGUUCACCACGUAAGCGACAGUCCGCUGAUGAAGAGGUCCUGAAAGGCCUUCCAGAAGAUUCACCUUCUGCAAAGGUGCUUAGAAAGCUUCCGGGUCGACUUGUCACGGUGGUUGAAGAUAAAGAACCAAAGCGACGAAAAAGGGGGGAAUGUGGGAGUGGAGGAAUACAUACUGAAGGUUCCUCUGAAGAAAUUGAGCAUGCUGAGUCUUCACAAGAUUCAAUUCAUCUGUCACCAAGCCAAUCUAUUAAUGAUAAUUCUCUUCAAAAAUCACCUUCAACAUCCCCCUCUGAGACACGUCAAGGACAGGAACAGGCCUCCCCUUCAUCACUUGUAAAUCCAGGGAGAGGCUACCACCCUUACUCACCUACACACCAUUCACCAGACAUGCCUGUCCUUCGGAACUUACCGGUGCGCCGGCGCUUGGAGACGGAAAGUCGAAUGGCUGCUCAAUUAGGAGAACAAUUCCAAUGUCGAGGCAGAGGACAUGACCGACGCACUCCCCUGUCACCAAAGAAACAGGAGCCUAUUUCAUCUAAGGAUGGCAGUACCACCCCUACUGCUGCUUCUGAUGCUAAUGCAGCCUGUUUAUCUCAAGGGAAACGUAAAAGAGGUCGACCUCCCAAAAUGUCCCCUAAGCCACCAGAACCCCAAGAACAGGAUAUCAGUGUGGCACAGAAAUCUAUUAAUGAAGAACGAAGUCCACCUCAGUCACCUAAGCGUAAGAGGGGACGACCUCGCAAAGAUUCCACUACAAAUACAGUAGAGAGUGUUAAACUUGAAAAAGAAUCAAGUAGUUCUACAAACUUAUCCAUUUCCCAGGAAAGCAUUUCUGCUGUAAACGUAAUUUCAAAUGGUUCCAGCUUUGGGCCUUUGGUACCAUCUGUUCCUGAGUGCCCAACAAUGAACUCUGAAGUUGAUGGUGAUUCUGAAUCAUUUAAAACUGCUGACCCUCCUCAGUUUCCUAAAACAGACACUCAAGACAUUCAAUUCAGCACUCCCCCACCUCAUGCACCUAGUGAAUCUCAGAGUAAUCAAACAUCCACCCUCAAACUGCCAUCUGAGCACACACAUUUAAAAGACCCAGCUCUGAACUCUGUCUCUUCAGAUCUUUCACUUUCAGCUACUCCACACGUGAUUCAGACAGAAAAUGCCAUUCAGACGAACACAAAACCUUCAUCGCCGUCUGCUACCACUCCAAGUGAUAGUUUUGAUAGCGCCACUUCUAAACCUGCCAAAGAGUGCAUAAUUCCAUCAGCAUCCUCAGUUUGUCAAAGCACUCAAGUAACCACAUCACCAUCACAGCUCUCAACAAAAUCUAAUCAGUGUACAGAUCUUACCCAAGUUUUAACUGUAUCUACUGAAUUGCUGGCUCAACCAGUGCUUGAAAGCAACGUAUCAAGUCCUUCACUGACCUCUGAUAGUGUGGAAUCAACUGCAUUUACCAAAACAGUUGAGCUUCUCUCUGAAUCCACUGUGACAACAGGAUUUCAGCCAUUAUCAGUUCCUGACUCUACUCAGCCUUCUGUUCAACCUGAUCUGCCACUGGAAACUCCAUUAAAUCAGAACCAGACAAACACUGCUCUUUCACAAUCUCAGCCUGACUUAACUCAAACAGUCACCACACAUUUAAGCGAAAUACCUUUAACCCCUAUGUCUUUUCCUGAGUCACUUGAAAUGACAUCUGACAUUUCUCAGCAGUCACCUGAAUCUAGGCAGAGAAAUAUACAUAUUCCUGUACAUGCUGAAGAACAGAUAUCUUCAAAUCAGCCUAGUGUUUCAAAGGAAGAUGGCUUAAGUACAGUAGAGAAGGAAAUUGACAUCAUUGAAAAGUUUGGGAAAGCAGAAAGAGAUGAUAGCCAGUGUCAGGCAAAAAAGAGAAAAUUGGAAAAUUUUCCAGAAGAUCAGAAGUCUGAUGAGCCCUUAACCUCCGAAGCAAUGAUGCAAAACACUCUCGAGAAUGUGACUGAUGCUCUACCUGAUGAGGAGAAUAAGACAAAGGAUCAAGAGAGCAAAAGCACAGGCAAGAAAAAAAACAUUUGUCGGCAAAGCAGUCAGGAAUCUGUUCGUUCAUCCUCUCCGUCUUCUGUUUCUUCCAGUGGUACUCUUUCAUCACAGUCAAAAAAUUCAACAGAGAGCCGUAUGCCAGCAAAGAGAAAGCGAAUCGAGAGAGGUUUAGAAAAAGAUAGUACAGACAGAGGGUCUGAUCAAGAGCCAGUGAAACCUGAGAGUCGGUGUUCCAACUCUGCUUCCUCAGAUUCAGAAGACUCCACUGGUCAAGAAAGACGUCUUACUCGUUCAUCACACAAACGUUUGGAGAAGGUGAUCAUGAGUGACGAGGGUGAGAAGAGCAGUAAUGGGCGAAGGCGGUCUAAAAAGAAAGUGACCAAAGAUGUAGAGGCCACUGCAGCAACACCUAUUAGGUUAACCCGUAAAUCCAUAGGCACACAACCUAGUCCAAAACUGACUUCUUCAAACUCAGCUGAGCCUGAGGUACUAGGUAAACGCUGCUCAGCACUCAAUGCCGCUGCUAAACUUCUGGCUAUGAGAGGAAAGGGACCAGAUCCACCAAGUUCCAGUUCCAAAUUUAAGGCUAUACAAGGACAGCAACCCACUUUUGACAAAAUCACUAAGUCUAAAGUUAAACAAGAUCAGGAUUCCCCUAAGUCAAAUUCAGUUGUUAAUAAAACAGAGAGUAGUGUACAAACCCCUGCUAGUUCAACAGAUUCCCCACGCCACGCCACUGAAACAGGUCACUCUGCCUCGCGUUCAACUCGGCAGCGACCAGGCCAUCUUGUGCCUCCCUUGGACACUGAAGUCAAAAGAGCCAAAAAAGAGGAAAAGAAAAAGACUUCAGAUAAGAAAGAGGACGUUGAGAUAGAAAACAGAGAGACAAGGUCUUCAAGAGGACACAGUGCUUGUAGUAGUGUAAGUAGUGAAAGAGGUGCAGACAGCAGCAGGAGCCGGAGUAGUAGCAACAGCAGCCAGUGCACUCGCAGCCUGAGCUCACGGAGCACUGGUCCACCAUACUCCCACUCGAGAGCUCCUUCAUCAGGUAGCGACACUGAAAAAGGGAAAGGCAGGCAAAAGAAAACGGCAGAGAAUCGAGGCCGUGAAAGCAGGAGAGAGAGGCAUUCAAAAAAUCAUGGAAAGCCAGAGCCCAGUGUUGGAUCAAGUGAGGGAACUCCUGACAGGGUGCUGAGGAGUGUUGCUGCGCUAGCAGCAGCCCAGGCUCGCACUCCAGCCAGCAACACUCGUUCUUCCUCCAGUCAACAACGGCACUCCAAAACUUGAUUAAGGACGAGUGAUAAUGACUGGGAACUGCAGUAAUGAGAGGAAGGUUUUUUACGGGUUUUAAGGAAAGGGGAUCAAACUUGCCAUUCUUUAACACUGUCUGUGAGGUGUUGAAUCUUGUCAAUUGCAUUUUGCAGUAAGAACUAAACUUGGGUGCAUUCUAUUAAGCCAUCUUGAGUGUGGAGAUGGGGAAAACGCAUUAUACAUUAUAAAUAUGGCAUUGGUAUGGUCUUGGUAAUAAGUUUAAAAGAACUAUACCCAACUAUACCACAAGGACUUUGGACAGCUGGGCAAGGGGCAAAGUUGUUUAGUUCACACUAUGUACUGUAAUCAUUUAAAGACUGGAAUACUAAGAAAAGUAUCUGUUAAGAUGGGUCAUGUGUGCCCUAUAUACAGAGUUUACUUGUGCUGCAAAGGUGAUUGCAUAAAGUAAUUUAUGCUACAUUUAAAAGGUUGAGUGAUUGUUAACAUUUUUAAGCAGUUGGGCUAUGACAAAAUGUGUGCCUAGCUGUUGACUAUUGUUUGUUUCAAGUCAGUUGAAAAAUUAAGAAUAUUCUGUGGUUUCUUCCAGGGUAUGAAGAGAGCAGGUCUGUAAAUGUGAUUUUGCUGCACUAUGCUGGAGUUAGUCUUUAUUCAGACCUCCCCGUCUUGUGUAUUUUUUUUUUUUUCCUUCUCUAUAAGUUACUUUUAAGUCCAACCUGCAUUUCUCCAUUUGCACAUCUUAUAUAAUACCCCUGGAUAGUUUUUACAUCGCUUUCAAUCAAGUUUAUAAAUUACUGGUACCUCACACUAUGUAUAUCUUUGAGCUUGUGAAAAAUUUUGAAGUCUGCUUGUCCUUUGCUUUUUGGCAAUAUGGAAAUGAAAUGCAACCUCAUUCUUUCACCUUUUUCCAAAGUAUUAGUGGUCAACUUUCUAUUAAACUUUGUUGUCGAACAGUCUCAAGUUAGUGUGACAAAGUGAGAGUGCCUGUUGAUCCACAUAUGACUGGAUCCCUGUAUGCCUUGUUAAGAAAACAAAUUUGGACUUUGUGUUUAAAAUGUAAUAAAGAAAUUUUCCAUCCAGAACCACAGGGGAUACACCUGUUAGAGUACAACAAUACUGAAAGCACCUCUCCAGUGUAAAUUGCUGUUGUCAUCAUUUUUGUUUUCUUAGUUAUUUUUAUGGUAAACUCCAAAAGAAAUUCUCCUGCAUAAACCUCCUGAAUAUUUUCUUUUCCAGCAAAACCUUGACAGUUGAUGUCAUUAUCCCAUUUUGGGGUUGACACUUAUUUUGGGGAAUGGGUAGAAUGUGGUGAUAGUCUUAUUUUUAUUUUGUCUCUUUGAAUUUGUUACAUUCCUUUUGUUCCCAUGUAAUUCCAAAUUGUUUUACUUGAAAGAUUGAAACAACAAAAGUCAGUUGAAUAAAAAGACCAAAAAUAUAAA